AAUAUGUUAACCAAGUUUUAAUUUUCAAUGUUAAUGCAUAAUUUUUCACAUAGAUAUUCGACAGCCUUGUAAAUCAAGUGCCAACCCGCACACACCAUAGUGUUUAUUAGUGUGUGUAGGUGAUAGAGAAAUUUUGAUUUAAUUAGGUGAAUUUUAUUUUAAUCAUAUGGUGGGAACAAAGAUUCCACGGUACAUCGAGACGUGAAAUGGAUUUCUUACCCGAAUCGAUUUGACAAGUUUGAAUGAGAAUAAUCUAGAAAAUCUAUUAGAAUAUAUUAAUGUCUAGUGGGGAUGAUAAAGAAGCCUCAAAGAAAUUGACCCAAACGAAACAGCAAUCACAUACUAACCUCUUCUUAGCAUUUCUAAGACACUUUUGGUUGUCAUUAUUUUAUAAAUAUCCGAUCCUUCACCAAGUCAACUCUAUAUUCAUUUCUAUUCUGAAAUAACCAUUAACCCCAAAGUAAGCAAUAUAUAUAUAGGAAAUACAUAUUAUGACAUGGGAGAAGUUGUAAUUAUACCCAUGGACAUGGAGUGUAUAUAUAGCAACAUUGAAAUCUAUAUCGCAAAUCACACAAAUUAUACCAAAAAUAUUGUAAAUCACACAAAUGAAGUAACUAAUUUUUCUUUCAAUAAAGUGAUGUCAAGAUCAUGAGAAAACAUGUAUUUUCAUGAACCUGUGAUGGCGAAAACGACCACUUUAGAUAGAAACAUAUAUACAUUUGUGACUUAAUUGGCCACCACCCAAAAAAACGCGAUAUCCAACAAGAGGAGCAAUUAAAAAGCUGUCUUUACAGCUUUAACUUCAUCAUCUCCAAGCUGUGAUCAAUCCCUCCUAAACCCUAUUCUCUUCAUCCAUAACUGGUUUGCACUUUCUUCACUCUCUUCUCUUCACUCUUCACUACUUCACUCUCCAACUAACUUAACUGCCCCAUAAAAUGGCUUCGAUCUCUUCUGCUUCUUCCUCAAACUCAUCACUCUUCUCUCCUCAAAACCCUAAUUCUCAUUAUCAAUAUGCAAGGAACCUCCAAAGACAAUGGCGGCCGUCACCCUUUGUACAAGGGAGUGAGACAACGAAAGAACUCAAACAAAUGGGUUUCUGAGAUCCGCGAGCCGAGAAAACCUAACCGUAUCUGGUUAGGAACAUUCUCUACCCCCGAGAUGGCGGCAAUAGCCUAUGACGUGGCAGCUCUAGCCCUUAAAGGCAGUCAAGCUGAGCUAAACUUCCCAAACUCAGUUUCCUCUUUGCCUGCCCCAACCUCCAUGUCUCCAGGAGACAUCCAAGCAGCAUGCGCUUCAGCCGCUGCUGCUUUUGGUGCUGCUAGGGAUUCGAUUGUUAUGGCAAAUAAUAACAGCCAAACAAGCAGUGUGGCUCGAAUGAAUGGUAGUUAUGAUAAUACAAAUAUGAAUGGGUUCAUGGACGAGGAUUUGGUAUUCGACAUGCCUAAUGUGCUCAUGAAUAUGGCUGAAGGAAUGCUUCUAAGCCCACCUCGCCCCCCUGCCUUUGAUGCUGCUUACGAAGCUGAUGGUUUUACUGGAGCAGACGAUUACUUGUGGAAUUUUCCAUGAUAGUUAAACAAACCAACCAUAUAAAUAUGUGAUUUUGUGUGUUUCUAUAUAUGUAUGUAUGAAAUAAAAACAAUAUGGUGUCUAAUGAUGCAUUGCAUGCAUCGUUAAGACCGUAAUAUAAGGUCGUACUGUAUUAAGCUUUUGUCUUUAAAUUAUUCUCUUUUACAAUCUAGUCUGAUGUAAUUGCAAAUGUAUUCACAAAGUCAGUGCUUUGACUGAUACCAUUUGUUUAUUUUGCAGAUGGAUACAAUUUUCAUAGGGCUUGGUCUUAAAUGUCUAUUAUAGACAUAAUAAACAAUCAUAUUAUUUUUAUAUAAGAAAAUACGAAACUAUUUUGAACCUUGACCUGACAUAAGUACGAAGCCAUUUUGCAUCGCGAACCAGAUUUUCCAGGAUUUUUUUUUAAAAUUCACAUAAUGGUCGAUGUCACGAAACAACUUUACUUGUAACAUAUUUGACUACCACUUCUAUCUCGUAUAUAGAAAUUGAAAUUUUGAUAAAGUUUGAACUUCGAUCGGCACAGAAAAUUUAAAGGAAAAAAAAAAGUUACAACAUAGCUAUAGUGUAACCCUAGCAAACGGAUAGUAUAAAAUAUAUGCAAACAAUCUUGCAAAUACUUGAGGAUGCAUAGCUAACUAGUUAGAAGAAUGGGAAAAGAAAAACGAACAAAACAAGAAAAGGAGAGGAGCUAAAUGGGUUUGGUAAGGAAAACACAC